GUUGGGUACGGGGCGAGGGGUGUAGGGUGAAGGGUGCGGGGUGGAGGGUGCUGGAUUUAGGGUGGAGGGUGCGGAAUUUAGGGUGGAGGGUGCUGGAUUUAGGGUGUAGGGUGCUGGUUUUAGGGUGUAGGGUGCGGGAUUUAGGGUUUAGGGUGCGGGGGCUGCCGGCAGCCCGCGGGUGGGCGGCGAGGGGGGGUUGUGCGCGCGUGUGUGCAUGUGCGUGUGUGCAUGUGCGUGUGUGCAUGUGCGCGCGUGUGUGCGCGCGUGUACCCGGGGGGGAGGUUUCUUGCACGCACCCCACACACCCCACACACACACACGCGCGCACACGCACACGCAGCCGGGCGCGCACCCGCAGGACCGGCCCCGCUCCGGCCCCCCCAGGCGCAAACCAUGUUCCAGCCGUCCGCCAAGCGCUGCUUCACCAUCGAGUCCCUGGUGGCCAAGGACACCCCCCUGAACCCCGACGAACCCCCCCUGCGCCCCUCCGCCGCCCUCCCCUACCCCGGCCCCGGCCCCGCCGCCGAUUCCUUCCCGGGGGGCUUCCAGGGGGCUGCAGCCGCCGCCGGGCGGGCCCUGUACGGCAGCGCCGAGCUCGUUUUCCCCGAGGCCGUCGGGCACCCGGCUCUGCCCGUGGGACCCCCGCCGCUGCCCCCCCCGCACCCCUUUUUCGGAGCGCAGCACCGCGACCCCCUCAACUUCUACCCCUGGGUGCUGCGCAACCGCUUCUUCGGGCACCGCUUCCAAGGGAGCGAGGUGUCCCAGGAGAGCCUGCUCCUGCACGGGCCCUUCGCCCGCAAACCCAAGCGCAUCCGCACCGCCUUCUCGCCGUCCCAGCUCCUGCGGCUGGAGAGGGCCUUCGAGAAGAACCACUACGUGGUGGGCGCCGAGCGCAAGCAGCUGGCCAGCAGCCUCAGCCUCUCCGAGACCCAGGUGAAAGUGUGGUUCCAGAACCGGCGGACGAAAUACAAACGGCAGAAGCUGGAGGAGGAAGGGCCGGACUCGGACCAGAAGAAGAAAGGCUCCCACCACAUCAACCGAUGGCGCCUCGCCACCAAGCAGUCGAGCGGAGAAGACAUCGACGUCACCUCCAACGACUAAGGCAGGGACAGGCUCCUGGUGCAGCCACCAUGGAGAGGAACCCGGGGGACGAAGGGGGGACACGCGCGGCGGCACCGCCACGCGAACUCUAGGGACGCCAGCGCCCAAAGCCGCCGCCGCCGGUCCUCCGGGGGCCCCGCACCCCGUUCCCCCCCGCCGCCCGCGGUGCCCGGGGCAUCCCUGGGGGCGCUUUUUGGGAAGCCCCCGCCCGAGCCAAGGAGGAGGAAGAGGAGGCUGCCAGGGCCCGCGCCCCGGGACGCGACCGCGCAUCCUCCUCCGCGCUGGAAGCCGCCCGUCAGCCGUGAGCUCGACUCAAAACGUCCUACCUAGAAGCUCAAUGUGCCCAGCCCUGUUUUUUUUUGUUCGUUUGUUCUUUUUUUUUUUUUUUUUUUUGGCCUCCCUCUCCCCCCUCCUCCUUCCUCUGUUGUCGUUUUGUUGUGUUUUUUUGUUUUUUGUUUUUUUUCCUCGUUCCGUUCCGUUUUUACACGGUUUCGUUUUAAUUUAUUCUCUUCAUUUUUUUUUUGUGCCCGUGUGCGUGCGUUCAACCCGUCGUAGGUAGUCAGCAGCUGUAGCGUGUGUGUUAACUGCGUGGAAAUAAAAAGCAAAAAUGCGCUCCAA